AAACCGGAAGCAUGCGUCAGUGACGUCGGCAAAGGAAAACAAAAACAAACCUCCUAGUUCCGUUGCCAUCGAUGUUGUCUGUUGUUUUAGUUAGUCGGUUGUUUCAAUUGUUUCGUCUUUCUGACUCUAGAAACCGUGUCCAGUGACGUACCGGCGGGUGUUUAUAGUCGCAUUUUUAUUGACGUCACAAACAGACGUUUGAAACCUGUUAGGCUCUGAUGCUAACCCUGUUAGCAAUCAGAGCUAAAACUGUUGCUCAACUCUCGCCGUGUUGUCCUACGCUGCAUCUUAUUUCUCUCGGUUGUUUUUGUUGCGUUGACAUUUGCUGAGUAACUGCCGUCUGCUUGUCCACCAUGACUCAGCAGAGAGGAGUCAACAGCCUGAUGUUCAACCAGGACCAGAGCUGCUUCUGCUGCGCGAUGGAGACCGGAGUCAGGAUUUAUAAUGUAGAGCCUUUGAUGGAGAAAGGACACCUGGACCAUGAGCAGGUCGGCAGUGUUGCUCUGUGCUCCAUGCUGCAUCGAUCCAACCUGUUGGCCCUUGUUGGAGGAGGAGUGAAUCCUAAAUUCUCCGAAAUUUCUGUCCUGAUCUGGGACGACGCCCGUGAGUCCAGGGAUCCCAAAGACAAACUGGUUCUGGAGUUUACCUUCACUAAACCCGUCCUGAAUGUUUGCAUGAGACAUGACAAGAUCAUCAUUGUGCUGAAGAACAGAAUCUACGUGUACAGUUUUCCAGACAACCCAGUCAAACUGUUUGAGUUUGACACCAGAGACAAUCCCAAAGGACUGUGUGAUUUAUGUCCCAGCCUGGAGAAGCAGCUGCUGGUCUUUCCUGGACAUAAAUGUGGAAGCCUGCAGCUGGUGGACUUGUCCAACACCAAACCUGGAACCUCUUCAGCUCCUUUCACUAUCAACGCCCACCAGAGUGAAAUCGCCUGCGUGGCUCUGAAUCAGCCAGGCAGUGUGGCUGCAUCUGCCUCACGUAAAGGAACCCUCAUCCGUCUGUUUGACACCACCACCAGAGACAAACUGGUGGAGCUGCGCAGAGGAACUGAUCCAGCCACACUCUACUGCAUCAACUUCAGCCACGACUCCUCCUUCCUCUGUGCCUCCAGUGAUAAAGGAACAGUUCACAUCUUUGCCCUUAAAGACACCAAACUGAACCGGCGCUCUGCCUUAGCUCGUGUCGGGAAGGUGGGUCCAGUGAUUGGUCAGUACGUAGACAGCCAGUGGUCAUUGGCCAGUUUUACUGUACCGGCAGAGUGUGCCUGCAUCUGUGCUUUUGGGAAGAACACUUCGAAGAACGUCAACUCUGUGAUCGCCAUUUGUGUGGACGGAACCUUCCACAAGUAUGUGUUCACUCCUGACGGCAACUGCAAUAGAGAGGCCUUUGAUGUUUAUCUGGACAUUUGUGACGACGACGACUUCUGAGGAAAUUCACAGCUGCAGAGAUCAGUUUAAAAACAACCACACACUCUGAGGAACCACAGAGAUGAGUUUGUCUUCUGACAAUGACAAGUCAAAAUUGGACUGGGACAGAAAUGUAUUUACUCAGUAUCUCCUAGGUCCAUUGUCAAUUUCAUUCAUUUCAGGAUUUGGGAUCAUGUUGAUAAUAAAUCUAGUGAUUGUCAUCAGAUUGAUAAUGCAAUUAUUGAUUUUGUCUGAUCUGUUUUUAUAAUCGUCUGUAUCUGAGCCAUCAACAUCUGACUGUAAGCUUGUUUUUUUAUGAUGCUUGUACAUCAUGAGUCUGUUGUCAGACUUAAAAGAACAUGCAUGACCUGUAGAGACCAACUUUAUUAUAUAAAUAUAUUGCAUAUUUGAA